CUGCAGCUGAGGAAGUAUGUGACGAUGCUACAGAAGCUGCCGUCGAUGACGAGGCAGAGAUCAACGGUCAGCGCAGAAAGCUGGAUAUCGUCUGGAAACCUCACAUGCUCUUAGAAACACCAAAAGCAACAUCUUUUAAGCAAAAGGAGAAGUCUGGAGUAAAAUGUGAGUUAAUGAAAAUCAACAUUUUUGACCAGAAUACCUCCGUAAAUGAACAAGUCCAAGAAGAUGUGAGGUGGUCUCUGACGUCCCACAGCGACAUGUAUGUAAGGAGGAGGAGGAUGAGCAGCAGCUCUGUCACCAGGAGAGGAAGUCCAGCCUGGACCAGGAGGAGCCAGAGCCUCUACGGAUUAAAGAGGAGCAGGAAGGAGAGCAGAUCAAACAGGAGGAGACUGACAUGUUGAUUAUGACUCCUAAGGAGGAAGAAAGUGAGCACAACGAAGCAGAUGGACUACAUGAACACCAGCUCCUUUCUCACGAGGGUGAGAAGCCUUACUCCUGCAGCACCUGUGGAAAAAGAUUCAGCCAACAAACACAUUUGAUUUCUCACAUUCAUUCUCACACAGGUACAAAGCUGUACACCUGUGAUACCUGUGAGAAAUCAUUCACACAAAAAGUUAAUUUGAAAAAUCACUUAAAAAUCCAUACAGGUGAAAAACCACAUACCUGCACAAUGUGCAACAAAUCUUUCAGACAAAAAUCUGGUUUGACAUCCCACAUGAAAACACACACAGGUGAGAAGCCUCACUCCUGCAAUGACUGUGGAAAACGAUUCAGUCAUAAAUCAGCUCUGACUGUUCACAUUCGUACUCACACAGGUGAGAAGCCUUACACCUGCUAUACCUGUGAGAAAUCAUUCACAAAAAAAUCUGAUUUGAAUCAGCACCUUCACACUCACACGGGUACAAAUUCGUACACUUGUGAUAUCUGUGAGAAAUCAUUCACAGAUAAAUAUGUUUUGAAAAAUCACUUAAAAAUCCAUACAGGUGAAAAACCACAUACCUGCACAAUGUGCAACAAAUGUUUUAGACUUAAACAGAAUUUGACACUCCACAUGAGAACACACACAGGUGAGAAGCCUUACUCCUGCAGCACCUGUGGAAGAAGAUUCACUCAACAACAAAGUUUGAAUUAUCACAUCCGUACUCACACAGGUACAAAGCCUUACACCUGUGAUACCUGUGGGACAUCAUUCACAACUAAAAGGACUUUGGAACAUCACUUAACUAUCCAUACAGGUGAAAAACCACAUACCUGUACAAUUUGCAACAAAUCUUUUAGAAGUAAAAAAGAAUUGACACUCCACAUGACAACACACACAGGUGAGAAGCCUUACUCCUGCAGCACCUGUGGAAAAAGAUUCUAUCUGAAAUCAGUUUUGAAUCAGCACAUUAUAACUCACACAGGAGCAAAGCCGUACACCUGUGAUACCUGUGGAAGAUCGUUCACAAUUAAAAGGACUUUGGACCAUCACUUAAAAAUCCAUACAGGAGAAAAACCACAUACCUGCACAAUUUGCAACAAAUCUUUUAGACUUAAACAUAUUUUGACACUCCACAUGAGAACACACACAGGUGAGAAGCCUUAUUCCUGCAGCACCUGUGGGAAAAGAUUCAGUCGACAGUCAGUUAUGAAGCAACACAUUCUCAUUCACACAGGUGUUAAGCCUUACUCUUGUGGUACCUGUGGGACAUCAUUUACCAGGAAAUGUUUUCUUGACAAGCACAUAAAGGUCCAUGUAGACAAUGCGUAAACUUUCUAAACAUGUGGCUGGUCUCUGAGAAUUGGUGCUGACUUGAUCGUUGAUGAGAGAAGAGCUGACACUGCUGAGAAGCUGUACCUUUGAUAUCUGAGAUCUGCUAGAAAAGAGACAUUGGGUCCUGUCAAAAAGUCCAAUAAAUUAUCUCUUAAGUCCUUCCCUAUUCACUUUUCCUUAACCCUGGCGAAAAAUGUCACAGGGUCAAGGAAAGGUGGGAGUUAGAGGAUAUGAAAGGAGAACAACGAUGAUUAGGGAAUCCGACUGCACUUUCCCUUGGCAGAUGUUAUGGACGUGACGUGUUAUUUGUGUAAAAACUACAAUCUAACAUUGAUGGAUGACAAAAUUUGCAUCUAUGCUCGGUGCAGCAGAAACUUUUCUCUAUCCAUUUUCUGUAAUUUCUUCGUCUCUGUUAAUUUUAUCAGUCUACUCUGUUUCUGUCUUUCCUUCAGCUUGUUAUGUGAAAAGCUCUAUAAACUAGGGGUGGAACAAAAAAUCGAUACACUGAAAUAUAUACUUCCUGGCAUGAUACUUUAUCGAUAUUUUAAAAUGCAGUAUUGAUAUUGAAUUAAUUAAUUAUCCAUUUUGUUGGUGCAGUAGUUUGUGGUGUAAUUUCACCCCCUGACCGCUAGUUGGCAGCAGGCAUCUCCAGCUGGCAGUUGACUCUUGCCUCUUCUCUCUAAAGACGAGAUCAUGCAAGACUUCCAGUCUGUGUGAGCCGGUUGCUUGUAGCCGUGCGACUUCUGCUGCAUUCAUAAUGGAUGCGUGGCAUUAUUUUGGCUUCCAAAACAUUAAAAACAGCACAAACUUAGACAGGAGUUAGACCGUCGUUUGCAAGAUAUGCCACGCCAGAGUAAAAUACUCAGACAACACGACGAACCUACAAGUUAGGCAUCAUCACAUUAGUGCUACAGCUAAUGGCUAACAUCAACAAACAAAGCCAUUGAAGCUAGCGCUGUUCUCAACUAGUGCAACCAUAAUCACAGUUAUUUUAUUUGUAAGGACCUGUCCCGUGUAGUGUUGGUAAGAAUGACGGUUUCAGUAAUACAAUAAAGAAACACUGGCUGCUUUCUUUUUCAUAUAUACAUUAUUCACCUGCAGAGUUGGUAUCGGAGUCUGCAGUGAUCGUGUCUCAAGUUAGGGCACUUUCACACUAGGCCCAGUCAUUUUGAAACGCACCUCGGUGUGAUUGAUUCUGAUGAUUUCCCCCUUUUACUGAGAAAAAAUGUGAACAAACUGCCUUACCGUGGAAAGAAAUUUAGUUUUCAAUGAUGCCAUAUAGCUUGAUAUGACACUCUUCCACUAGUGUGAAAGCCACCUCAGACUCCAUCACAACAUCCAAGGCUUGUUGGACCUCCUGACUAAAUUCUCUCUCUGUCACUUAGAAUUCAAAGUAAAGGCCCAAACAUACUCAAGCGUACUGUGAGCGGAGCAGAAUGUCCACAGUCAUCAGAGCUUCCAUAGCCGAGCGCACUGCCGCGUAGUAGUUUCCUGUGAAAUUUCCGUGAAAUCCUACAUUUCCCACAAUCCUUGCGCAUUUACAUUUUUCUGUCAUGCGUCCUACACUGACGAAGCCUGCUGGCUUUGCAAAGCAAUAAAAUUGAAUGACGGUGGAAUUUACGGCCAUUAAAUGCCACAAGAGAUGAGGAAGGGGAGUAUGCCAUGUUGGUGAAGGACAUGCGAAGUAUAGACGUAGAAAAACGUUUUCAGUACUUCCAAAUGACACGUGAAAACUUUAAUGUUCUAGUUGGGCGUCUAGCCCCACUCCUUCUCCAAUCUCGCUGCGCAGAGGAACAAAAUGCAGGGCGAUGUCAAAUUGAAUGCGGGUCCAUGUGAAAAAUGUAUGCUGAGCAGUGUUUUGUUUGACACCAGUAUGCGGAGCGGAGUCUGCGCAGUCGUAACAUUUGAGCUUUGCGCACACGGGCUUUGCGGACGUCCACUCUGAGUCCGCAUGGACCUCUGCGGAGUCUGUUCCGUGUAUGUUCUGCCCGAGUAUGUUUGGGCCUUAAGAAAUGGCCACUUCUCAUGUACUGUCCCUCUUCACACCACACUGCGGCUGCAGGUGUGUAAACAAAAUCAGGAAUUGUGGUGUGUAUGUAGUUCUUUAUAGGUUUGUUGGAUGUGUAUUUGUCAAUAAAAAAUUUCAGAGGUUUUUUGAUGUUUGCACAAAAACUACAGAUGAAAGAAAAACAGUUCACUUAUGCAAAUUGUCUUUUUUAGGAAUAAGGGUAUAAAGUCAUGUAAUGUACACAUGCUCAUUUGCACAGACACACAAUCACAUGCACAGACACACUCACAGAGUCACACACUGAUCUGCACUUAAACAAAACCUUAGAAAGUUAGUGAGAAGGGGAGCAAAGGGCAGUAUAACACUUAAAUCUGGUGGGAAAAAAACAUGUAUUUCCUGCCCUCGACCAUUGUUACGUGUGGCUGGCUGCUGCGUGUCUCUUCUCUCCCUGCUCUCUCUGGUCUCCCUCCUCG